AUGGAUGAAAACAUGCAAGGAAAACCAGAUUGGGAUACUUUUGCUACUAAAGUUUUUUGUGAUAUUUGUACCAAUGAGGUUUUAGCUGGAAAUCGACCAACCGAGCAUUUGAAUGCUAUUGGGUAUGACAACUUAUACACCAAGUUCAAUGAAAAAACAAAAAAAGGUUACAAUCAUGAGCAAUUUAAAAGUAAGUGGGAGUCAUUGAAGAAAGACUACCAGACAUGGAAGGCAUUGAUGGAUAGUGAAGAUGAUCUUGGGCAGGAUCCUAAAAUGAAUACAAUAUCUGCAAGCCCAGAAUGGUGGGCGAAAAAGAUGGAGGCAAUGCCGGAUUGUGGCAAGUUCCGUUCUGCACCACUCGAGAAUGUUGAUCUUCUAAAUAUAAUGUUCGAGGAUAUGCUGGAUUCAAGUUCAACAACACCUGAAGUUAAUUUGGCAGUCAAUACAACUAUCGAAAGUGAGCAUGGUGCUAGUGAUGGAAAUGAUAUGCGCAGCAUUGAUAAGGCUGUUAAUGAGCAAUCUAAAGAGGCAAUGUUACAAAAAUCUUGUAACAAAGAAUCUAACUCGACGAAGCCCAAUACGAUUUGCGUGCAUGAUCAUCUUGUUAACUUAGAUGAGAAUGUGAACCCUGGAAAAUCUGCAACAUCUAUGAGGAUCGAUCGAGUAGGAAGCAAUAUUUCUGAGAUCAUGGAGUUAGUUGUAGAUGCUGGAGUCGAGGAGGGCACUGAUGAACAUUUCAUUGCUACCGAAUUAUUUAUUAGACCAGAAUAUCGAGAAAUGUUUCUUACCCUAAAGACCCCUCGAGGAAGAAUUGGGUGGCUUAAAAAGAUGUGCCAAGUGAAGAAAUAGCAUUAGGAUCCUAGAUCAAGUGUAGCUGAUGUUAAUUCUCUAAAAAACAAUUUGUGCCUGUUGUUAUCAUGAGACCAUUUAAAAGUGAUGUACUAAUUUAAUGCUACUUUAUUUUA